CCCGGCCACGCAAAGAAGGCCUCGUCCUCGUCCAACCACGGCGCCCAGACGCGCGACCGCGAGCAGCGCCCGAGCAGAGACGGAGCAGCGCAGCGCGCCGCGCAAGAUGUCGUCGGCCUCAAGGACUACCAGCUGGGCGACUGCCUGGGCAAAGGCGCCUUUGGCAGCGUCUACCGUGCCCUCAACUGGGGCACCGGCGAGACGGUCGCCAUCAAGCAGGUGCGCCUCGAGAACCUGGGCGUCGCCGACCUGAAGAACAUGGAGAUGGAGAUCGACCUGCUCAAGAACCUGAACCACUCCAACAUUGUCAAAUACCAGGGCUUUGUGCGCAGUUCGGACAGCCUGUACAUCAUUUUGGAGUACUGCGAGAAUGGCUCGCUGCACAGCAUCUGCAAGAACUUUGGCAAGUUUCCGGAAAACCUUGUUGCCCUGUACAUGUCUCAGGUCUUGCAUGGACUGCUCUACCUCCACGAGCAGGGUGUUAUACACAGGGACAUCAAAGGAGCCAAUAUCUUGACCACGAAGGAAGGGCUGGUCAAGCUGGCAGACUUUGGUGUGGCUACCAAGCAGUCAGGCCUGGACCAGUCCAGCGUCGUGGGCACGCCGUACUGGAUGGCACCUGAGGUCAUCGAGCUGUCUGGCGCUACCACUGCUUCAGAUAUCUGGAGUGUGGGCUGCACAGUCAUUGAGUUGAUUGAAGGAAAGCCGCCAUACCAUAAGCUGCAGCCCAUGCAGGCCCUGUUCAGAAUCGUCAACGAUGAGCACCCACCAAUCCCUGGUAGCGCUUCACCAUUGCUGCGCGAAUUCCUCAUGGAAUGCUUUCAAAAGAACCCUACCCUGCGCAUCUCUGCGAAACGUUUGCUCAAGCAUCCGUGGAUCAUGAGCGUCAAGAAAACCGUCGCCGCCGUACCUGCGAAACCCACCGAAUACCAAGAGGCUGUCAAGUCUGUGCAAGAAUGGAACGAGGCGCUCAAGUCGCCAAACUCGCUGCGUAGGAGCUCGAGACUUGCAUCUGGCGUGCAGAAGCCUUCACAGCAAUUCCCAUCCCCCGCCCAUGCAAACGGCGCUGCAGUAGCGGCACGCAAGCCCCCAGUCCACGUCGACCAUCUCAACAUCUCCAAGUCCAGACCCACCGCAGAAUCCUUCCGCUCACCGGAGCUCGAUCAGGAUGACAACUGGGACAAUGAUUUUGCCGAAAGCAUCUCGCCGCGGGCCUUGAAGAUGCCGUCGCACCGGAAACCCCAAGACAAUUUCGGCGGUCUGUUCUCAGGUGACAAGUUGAAGGCGUUCGCGAGCUUUGAGGCCGUCGUUGAUGGUCCGGAUGGUGGUGAUGGGGAGGCUACAAUGAGAAGUCCGUUAAAUCUGCAGCAUCUGCAAGGCGUCUCAAACAGCUUUAGCCCACGACAGCCCGCAAAACCUAGGCCUGGAACUACAAAAACAAAGUCUUCUACAUCGGCGUCAACAUCGGCAUCCAACUCCAGAUCGUCAUCGAAUGCGUCGCAACAUGAGGAGCGUCGCAGCUACGAUGCUCAGCCCAAGACUGCAUUCUUGCGCGGUGUGCCUCGGGUGUCUCAAGCCUCCAAGCCUAGGUCAGGUGCUCCCAACCGCAACAGUCAGGUUUUCCGCGAGAGUUCAGAAGAGGAAGACUACUCAGACCUCAUGCCUGCAGAUGAAGAUGCUUUCGAGAAGCGCGUUCAGGCGUUGCAGCAUUCGCAGCCUUUUGUCGUUAUACCUCAACAACCACAAUUUGCAAAUGCACCUUCCAGCUCACCGGCAGACACGUUUUCGCCACGACUGUUCCAUCCAAGCGAUCUGAAAUCUGCACCGAAGUCGACACGAGAUCCCAAGGGAAAUGGGACUGUACGGCAACGAUCGGCUAGCAUAGUUUCGAAUCGCAAGCCACAGCGAACCCAGUCGGAGAUCGAGAUCCAGAAGUAUGCCGAAGAUGAAGGUGAUGACUUCUCUGAGAUAGUCGGCGACAUCAAGGGCGGUCCUCAGCCCACGCUUACUGCGACAACAGAGAGCGACAGUGGCAGUGAGCAUAGCAGUCUGGCCAUGAUAACGACUAAGCUAUCCGGCUCGUUUAUGAUCGCAGACGAAGACGACAUGGAUCCGUUCGCGAACCUCGAAGACGGUCUUGACACCAUCAACCUCGAGAACAACGUUGCUCGAGAUCGCGACGACCGGUUGACAAAGAUGACGGAGCAUUUGGUCAGUUGUUUGAAGCUUAGUCAGCCUGACGACGUUCUCCUCGACAUCGCAGAUCAGCUUCUUCAGGUGUUGUACGAGGCACCAGACAAGCGCUCUAUCAUCCUGAGGAGUCAUGGCAUGUUACCUGUGUUGGAAAUCUUGAGUAACAUUCCGCCUCAUGAUCUCGUGCUUCCACUGCUUAAGAUCAUCAACUUGAUCAUCUUGGAGGACGCAGAGGCCCAGGAGAGUCUGUCCUUCUUGGGAGGCAUACCCACCAUCUGCCAGUUUGCUUACAAGCGGUACCCGAGCGACAUCCGCAAGGAAGCUGCAGCAUUUGUGCGCCAGAUGUACCAGACUAGCACGCUCACCAUGCAGAUGUUCAUUGGUUGCGGUGGUAUCAACGUGCUCGUGGAGUUCCUCGAGGAAGACAUUGAUGCCGAGCGCGAUCUCGUUCUGAUCGGUGUCAACGGAGUGUACGGCGUCUUCGAGCUGCAGGGUCCCACCCCCAAGAAUGACUUCUGCAGGAUCUUCAGCAGAAGCAGCGUCUUGUACCCACUGUCGCUGGUCCUGAACAGGAUGGUGGAGGAGGACGGCGAAGUUGCCAGACUCAUUGUCGGCAGAAUCGUUCACAUCUUCUUGAUCUUCAGCCAGGCAGAGAGCCAUGUUAAAGACCUCGUGGCAGACCGCAUGAUCUUAAAGCGUGUACUCAAAGAUCUGCGCAAAAUGGCGCCACCUCAUCAGAUCACCAUGCUGAAGUUCAUCAAGAACCUCAGUUCUCUUUCCUCGACGCACGAAGCACUGCAGAACUCGAACGCAAUUGACAUCCUCAUUGAGCUGCUGAAGGCCACUCGCCAGUCCGGUUCGAAGACAGGCAGCAGCAGAAAUGGCAACGACUUGAACCGUAUGCCACCGUUCCAGCGUGAAAUUUCGAAUCAGAUUUUGAACACUAUGUACAAUCUCUGUCGUCACAACAAGAGCCGGCAGGAGGAGGCAGCUCUAUCUGACAUCAUCCCGCUCCUGAAGGAUGUUGUAAAUGAUGGUGGACCAUUGAAGGAGUUUGCACUGCCUGUGCUGCUUGAGAUGGUCAACUCUGGCAAGGUCUCUCGAAAGAUGUUGUGGGAUGCAAAGGGUCUUGCAUUCUACGUGUCGCUACUCGGCGACGUCAAUUGGGCGGUGACGGCUCUGGACGCCAUCUUUGUCUGGCUUCAGGAGGAAACCGCUAGAGUUGAGCAGUACCUUCUCUCCACCCAAUCUAACUUCAACGCGGCGAUCAUCACAGCCUACACAUCGUCCGGACCGUCGCGCUCGACCUUCGAGAACAUGCUCGAGCCGCUGCAGAAGAUCGUCCGUCUUUCGCCGCCUAUCGCUGCAUCGCUGGCGGUUCCUGAGAUCUUCUCACGCACGGAGCAGAAGCUCAACCACAAGGAUGCUGUUACACGCCUGAAUCUGCUUCGUAUCCUGCGAACUAUUUGCGACGCAAAGGAGGAAGGAUGUUGGCUGAUUCGUGCAUUCGGUUGCUACGAGCGCAUCACGUGGCUUAUGGAACAGGAUCCUGCCGUGCUAGUCCGACAAAUGGCGGAAGAACUUGUCCAGGCCUGCGAUGAGGUGGAAGUUAAUGGACUCGGCUCAGCAUCUAGUGGCAAACGUAGCCUGAGUCGGGCAUCGAACAUAGGCAUGAACCUUCGUCGUCCUGCCUCUUCGUCUGGUCGUCGGGACGGCUCUGGCUCUAGCAGCGGCUCCACACUUGCCAGCGCAGGGCUUGGUCUCACACCACCCACGCCAACAAGCCUGAAGGGUAAUAACUUCCUUGUCCCGCCAAUGUCGACACCAGGCAGUGGUCGCGACCGCAUCACCCGCACACAAUCAUCUAGCUCGAUGUGGGACCUCAUCGAAGACCCUAACACUACUCCACAAUCAGCAGGCCGUUCCUCGAAAGCGCCCGUCCUCGCACGCUCAACCACAUCCUUCGCCGCCCUCGCAUCGCCCACAACGACACCGCGCCCCUCAACCGCUCGACCUGCUUCUCGCGACGCGACAUCCUCCCUCCUCCAUCUCCAAGCCAAUUCCAGAUCUGGCGCCCCCGAACGCUCACGCCUCCCCAAAGCACGCGCGCAAGGCGCCGCAGGCCGACUCGGCGAAGCAAUCACGAAGCGCCGCCAAAGCAACUUCAACCUCGAGAACGACACACCCGGCAGCGGCAACAGUCUCCCCGCCGGCACGCCGCCACUACCGAGACUGCAGAUUAUGAGACGGAGGAGGGAUACGAGUGGCGGCGAGAUGAGCUCUGCGAAUGGGGUCAGGAGGGGCUCGACGGCGGAUUAGAGAUGUGCUGAACGGUCAUCGGGUGAUAAGGAUAAUAAGUAUGGGAGUUUGGUCAGGAGGAGACGCGGCUUGACGAGUCCAAGUAUGCAGAGCAUGAUUUUGCAGUUUGAGACGCCGAAGAAGGAUAUCGAGCAAGAGGGUUGCGACUGGAAUGAGUGAGGGUUGAGGGUUGGGAGGGUUUGCAUAGCAUGGCGUUUGAAGGAUCUCAAAAGGCGGCGAACAUCACUAGACGGUUGGGGUUUAUGCAUAGCUUCGGAGUCUUGCUCUUCUUUAGUUGUUUCAUUUGUAGUUUGCUUUGGUGGGAUUUUUGGCAUUGUUCAUCAUGGGCGCAAGGUGCGCGUUGAAGGCUUUGGGGGUCUAGAGGUUAGCCGUCUUGAGGAGAUAGGAUAUACAAGAUUGUUC